GAUUUCACGAAGGUGCAGCUACUUCUCGUUCGAAUGGCAUGACUACUUGAGGAAGGACCAGGUGUGUAUAUAAACAUUGGCCCUCUCGUCGCCGAAAUGGAUACACGGAAGGAUUCAAAUGAUAUUACAGGACGAACAGGUGACACGAGUAGGCGUGCAUUGCGACAUAAUCAAGAGACGGAUAAUCCCUGUUACAAGGAGCACCUCCAGUCCCUGAGGUGCCUUGACUCCAAUCAGAAAGACCGCAACGCAUGCGAGCCAUACUUCCUCAAUUACAAGAACUGUAAAAAUUUCUGGGCUUCCGUGCAGACUGAAAGGAGGUCGAAAGGCAUCAAGCCCUAUAUGCCACCUUUGGAGGAGCGCGUCAAGAUAAAAGCCGAAUACCUAAAUUCUAGAUAGCGACAGAUGUGCA